GACAGUGUCCGGACUAUUAUAUUGGUAAACUUAAUGCGGAACGCCAUAUAGUCACUGUAGUUAGCCUUAAAAAAUAUCCUCUUCGAUUAGAUCGUGUGUUCAUAGGACAAGUCCUCUAUUAUGAUUAUUUUCAAGACGUGUAGGACGUUCGCUUGCUUAGGUACUGCCGCUGCCGCCGGCAUCCGACGGGGAACUCCAACGGACGACCUGAGCGGCGGUAGCCCCCAGACGGCUGUCCCGACGCAACAGCAACCGUGUCGUACUUGCACAGACUUCAGAACGUUCGCCAUGAGUCGACGACAGAUGAGUGAUGAUAACAACGUCAGCGUUCGAGAUCAACGUUCAAAGGUGCAAGCUGAAGAUCUGAAGAGAGGAGACGACUGUCCACUGGACAAGGAAGAAUUGGGACGCAGCACGUGGAACCUGUUGCAUACGAUUGCGGCAACGUACCCAAACAACCCUAGCGCCAAGAACAAAUCGGAUAUCCAACAAUUUUUGGUGUUGUUGUCGCGUGUCUAUCCGUGCGAAAUAUGUGCUGAUGAUUUUGCUGAAAUAUUAGUGCACUGUCCUCCCAAGACGGAUUCACAAGAAUCGUUGUCGCAAUGGGUGUGUGAAGUCCAUAAUAUGGUCAACAGAAAGCUGGGCAAACCCCAGUUUGACUGCACCAAGGUGAUGGAACGGUGGCGUGACGGCUGGAAAGACGGUCGCUGUGAUGGCUGAUGCACCUUCCUUCUUAUGAGUACCUGAUAGACGACUAGUGACAAGUUUUAGAGUUGUCUUAUUGCCAAGUUACCCUGUAAAUAAUCUUAGUAUUUUGUUAGUUAUAUUUGUUAUAAUUAUUUUUAGUUUACUUAACUUAGCUCAAUACAAAAUGAUAUCACACAUUUAUAAUGCUAAAUGAAUAUUUUAUUUUUUGCCCUUUUUUUUUAAAUGUAACAAAAUGGAUAGUUUUUUUUGUUGUGAUUAAUUAUAUAAUAUUAUGAUAAUUUACACAGCUUAAGUAUCUCGUAAAUUUUGAUUGUUAUAUUUUGUACAAUGAUGUUAUUUUGUGUUGA